GAGUUGCCGGAUGUUCAACUGUCAAUCGUUCGCUUUCUCUGAAGGUGUGUUGUGCUCUGAGAAGCUGGAACUUGCUGUGUGGCGAGCAAUUAGAAUAAUCAUGGACCAAAAUGCGGUUAUUAGGCCGACAGAGAAUUUCGCUGUGAAAGUGAUUAAUACGUUUAUUGGAGGAAUUCGAAGCACUGUUGAGAAUUCGGUGCAUGGAGUAUUGACAGUGCUGAAUUUGGGCUGCAAGCAAAAAGUGCCGCCUGUGGAUAAUGAGUUGCUAUAUUUCUCAGCUACUAUUUUGGCUGAAAAAAUUCGUAAAGCUGAGAUUACUAGUGAAGAGGUAGUGAAGGCCUACAUCAACCGCAUAAGCGAAGUGAAUGGACUGAUAAAUGCCGUAAUCGAAGGCCGAUACGAAGAAGCCAUGAAUGAGGCCCGUUUAGCUGACCAAUUAGUCCGGUCUGGCACUCUGACGGAGGCUGAAUUAGCCGAGAAAUACCCUCUCCUAGGAAUUCCAUUCACAGCCAAAGAAGCCAUUCUCAUUAAAGGACUGCCGAGUACAUGCGGCUUGGUGUGCAGGAAAGGAAUGACCGCCGAGGAAGACAGCGAACCCGUUCAGAGGUUGAAGGCCUGUGGAGGCAUUCCCUUGGCACUGACGAACACCAGCGAAAUCUGCAUGUGGUGGGAAACUUACAACAAACUUCAUGGAAGGACCAAUAAUCCGUACGACACAACACGCACAGUGGGAGGUAGUAGUGGAGGCGAAGCGGCAUUGAUCGCAGCCGCAGGGUCGGUGAUCGGAAUCGGUACCGACUUGGGUGGCAGCAUCCGGUUACCAGCCUUUUUCACGGGAAUCUUUGGACACAAGCCAACGCAAGGCCUCGUGCCGAUCGGAGGGCAGUUCCCUCCCGCUCUCGAGGAGAUCUCUCCGUACGUCGUUGUGGGCCCCAUGACCCGGUAUGCCACAGACCUCAAGCUGAUGCUGUCUGCUUUCAUCGGCAAAGAUGCAACUGAAGAGUUGAAGCUCUUCUCUCCGGUUGAUAUACGCUCAAUAAAAGUAUAUUACAUGCUGGAUGAUGGAGGGUCACCUGGCUCCACUCCAGUUUCCCAGGAACUUAAAGAUGCCAUUAAGAGGGUAGUCAGUGUGUUGUCCAUGGAAGGUCUGUCCGUUCAAGAAGUCAAAAUAAAACAUCUGAAACUCGGCUUCCUCAUCUGGUGUGCCUACCUAUCUAAAGUUAAAGAACAGCGCAUCGCCAACAUCAUGAAAGGAAACGUAAAGAAAGACGAGGAUGCCCAUCUCGAAAUGCUGAAGUGGUUCUCUGGAAAAUCGGAACACACCUUCCCCAUCAUUCUGAACGCGUGCGCCCAAGAUUAUCUCGCACCCGUGAUGCGAAAACCCCUAGAAUUUUUCAUCCAGUGUGGCGACAGACUCAAGGAGGAACUGCUUAAACUGCUACAACCCGAACCCGCUGUAUUUCUGUAUCCCACAUUCCCUCAUGCAGCAGCACAUCAUGGACAGAUACUCGCCAAUCCUUUUAACGCAAGCUAUAGUGUCGUCUUCAAUGCAUUGUCACUGCCCGCCACGCAGUGUCCGUUAGGUUUCUGUUCCAACGGAUUACCGUUUGGGGUACAAAUAGCCACAGCACCUGGUAAUGAUCGACUGUCGAUCAGUCUUGCUGAACAUCUGGAAGUGAAACUUGGUGGAUGGACACCACCAUGAGCCUUUUUUUGUAAGAUUUAAUCAGCUUAGAUUGUAAUUUGUGUAUGUCCAUGACGAAUUGUUUGCCAUGAUCUCGCAUGCCCAGCAUAUGCAUUCCUUUUAACUUUCAGAUUCUUAGAGAAGUGUUCGAAACUUACUAAUGAAUGGAUUGACAGCUCAAAUCCUACUUCCUGGAAGUUAGGCUUUUGGACAUCGCCAUUUUCUCAGUGCCAUUCAAUGUUAUCCGACUGGGCAAGUGAAAAGAAACUCGCCGCCGAUGCAUUUUGUCUUGUUUGUUGACUUAUGGCAUUUUUUACAUGUUUUUCUCGUGACUUCUAGUAGCAGGAAUAUAUUAGAUGUGUUAUUGUUGGUUGACAAAAGUUAAAUCUUGCAUACUGUUCCCAAAACGGAUGUACUUUUUAAUAUUUUUAUAAUUUUGUGGAAAUGUCCUUAAGUGUGCAUUCGAUACAGUUUUAAACGUGCAGAUGUGAAUACUUGUUUUCGUACAAAAUGAUGUAAACUAUUUUAGUGUAGUCAGGUAAACACUUUAAAUGUUUAUUUAAACCAAGUCUUAGACUCGUAUAUGUAAUGUAUGAAAUAUUUUUAAGUGAUUAAAUAAAAAGUUCCUACUUUC